UUUGUCAGUCCAGUUAUGCUCGGACCAAUCUCCUUCAUCAUCAUCAUGUGGGCCCAUCUGCUCCUGGCUGUGCUGGCGUGCGCGCUGCUCCCCGGCGAGGCGGUGACACCCUCGGAGGACAUCACGUGCCACCAAGACAGCGUUGCGGCCGCGGCGAACUUCGCCGUCCAUCACAUCAACGAGCACCACCAACACGGCUACAAGUUCAAGUUCGGAGAGAUCCGAGGGCACAACUACGAACAGACGGCUGACGGUUGCAACAUUGAUCUGCAGCUGAUGGUCCAGGAGACCCAAUGCCACUUCACCGACCCCAAACCUGUCGAGAACUGUGAGGCGUUUGAGAUGAGUCAACGGGGUGCGGUCGCCAUCUGCGGCGUGAUGUUGAGCGUGCGCGCGAGCGGGACCACAGUCACCCGUCAUCAGUGUGCCACUAAACAAAGAUACUCUAAUACAGAGAUGGCGAUUAUGUGUCCCGACUGCCCCGUGAUGCUGCCUCUCAACGACCCCGAUGCGGUGAAGGCAGUCCAGGAGGCGGUGCAGAAAUACAACCGGGAGUCCAACAACCAGCAUUACUUUGCUCUGCUGGAAGUGGGACGUGUGCUGAGCUCGUACAUCCCAUUCAGUGGCAUGAUGACCUUCCCCAAGUUUGUCCUGGUUGAGACAAACUGUCCCAAAAACUCCAGGAUCGCCCCCGAGGCCUGCACACCUCGCUGCCCCCAUAGAGCUCAGCACGCCGUGUGCGCCACAACUCAUUCCCAGGAUGGAGUCAGCCCACCAGAGUGCGAAUUGUUCCCAGCCAAAAACUCGACCCCCCUCGGGCCUGGCGAGGUGGAACCCCAGUGCGGGCCGUCCUUUCACCACAGUCAUGAGGCUGAGACCUGCCAUUCUCAGAUGACCGACAAUAAUCCAGCUCUCCACCACAUUUGUCCCUUCCCUCUCCCCGCAGAGCUGCCACAUCAAGAGGCGGUUUAGAGUGUGCGCUGUUAUCACCUAACACAUGUCAAGUCAAUAAAAGGAUUGAAACUUAA